AUGUCAAUUAAUUCUUCCCUCGGCCCCCGCUCCGAUAACUACUCUUCUCGCACCCCCGUCAUUAUCAUUGGUGCAAUAGCUGGCAGCCUCAUCUUCCUAGCAAUGGCUGGAAGCUUACUAUAUCUCUUUUCUCGCAAAGAACGGGCUAGAAGAAGAAACGCUCAACAAUCCGAUGAUUUCUCCCCUCUCGAACCGCCACCAGCCUAUAAAACAGACGAACUAGGCACGUCCAGAGGUCUCCGCUCCCAACCCCGGCCCUUGUCCUCCUUCGCGCCGGACUACAGUCGCCAGGCCCAGCACGCGCAACAGUACCAACAGCAGCUCUCUCGCCCUUCAUACGAUCAACCCCCAGCAUACCCCACACUGCCAACAUAUGAUCCAUCACGAUACCAACCUACCCGGCCAGCGUCCAUGGCGGGCGAUAUUAACGCCCACACCUAUACGUAUAACCCCACCAAUCAUGCCCAUCCACAUCCUGGUCCCUCUUCCCGCCUGAGUGCAGUCCACUACAGUGAUGCUAGACUAGCCACGUCCAGACCUGUGUCAAUGGUCGGUCAUGGCCCUCCAAUUGGUCCCGUAGCUGCUCCAACUAGGUCGAGGCAUCAGACCGCUAUGCCACCUCCGCCGGAGCAGAAUAGCAGACAGGAACGCAGGGAUAGGAGGGAGAGGAGUGUAUCUGAGCCAAUGCCGUCGGGCCAGGCCGCCCCGAAACGACCUAAACCCGUCUUGUCGCGGCUGAUCACCAAUUUCCGUUGA